ACGCGUCUGUCGUGCAUCCGGGUACUAAAACGUAGGACACGCAUUCCAGAAGGGAACAUGGAGUUCUUGGCAGGUUACGGAGAAGAUGCAGAAAAUUCCAGCAACAGUUUCAGCGAAAAGAAAAUAGAGACAGCAAAACCAACACAAUCUAGUCUACAGGCAGAAUGGGAUUCCUUCGAGAAAAUGAUUGGAGGAGGAACAAGUCCAGAAACCGUCUCUGCCCUUGGAGCAACAGCUGUUGACCCUUCCAGUUUUCUCCAGAGUGGCAUCAUUGCAUAUCCAGGUCUUGGCAAGUCUAGAACAAGAAGUUUCACAGAGAGCAGUAAUGAUGAACCAAAAUCUGCUGAUUUGAAGUUGCACUCAGAACCAACAAACAAGAUGACAUUCGCCUUUGAAGAGGUCCAGGAUAUAGGUCUGCCAUCAGAGGUAUAGUAAAAGUAUUAGCUUAUGUGGCAUUGGUCAUCAUAAGCAGUUGAAUUGAGGGUUGGGGGUUCCAGAAAAGAUCCUAUUAUGCCAAUUAAAUGAUACCUAAAAAUGGCAACUCUGUUAACUGCAAAACUAUUCAGAUCAAUAUUAUUUAGAUUAGUUGAAAUUAGUUUAGACAUGCAUUAUUUGAUAAUCGUGAAAUGUUUGAAGUAGCUGUGAAGCUAACCUCAUGGCAUCUGGUUCUUGUUUUGUUGAUAGAGCUGUCAUUAUCAGGCCUAGGAUUGUGAUUUGGAAAAAUAAGUUCAAGUUAAUAAUGUGCUGGAAGUCUUCUUUCGUGUUGAUUUAGAAGUACCUACACUGUAAUCUAGGAAUAUCUCAAAUGAUAUUACAAAGUUUCAUAAUGGUGUAAUAUCGUUAGAAAUAUGAUUGAAAAAUACAAGAUAAAAAACAUGGAAGACUGCAGAUUUUACAGCACUUCAUUUUCAAGUUUGGUGAUAUGAGGAAACCGUUUUACAUGUAGUUUAAGAUUAAUGUGGGCUUGGAAUACUGAUAGUGUUAGAUUAGAAGAUUGAUCAUUGAUGAUCAUAUGAAAAAAGUUAUAAGCUGGGAUAACUGCCCCAAAAAGAAGGCAGUAAAAGUUAUAAGCUGGGAUAACUGCCCCAAAAAAAGGCAGUUUUUUCUUCAAUAAUCUGACCUACUACUUGUGAUAUCAAAUAGGUUUUCCUGUGAACCCUGCAAGUGGAGAAAAAUGGGCAACAACAACAGUGCUUGUUUUGUUGCCCUUCGUUGAUGCUAUCUGUGGGUAAGUAGAGGAGAGACGGUUACAGUAGGUACAAAGCAAAUUGUUACAAAUGCAAGUUGAUUAUCUUUGACCUGGUGCUGAAGCCACCUACUGGUGUAUGUGUGCUUUUUAAUUUAUUUAAACGUUGCUGUGUAACAAUGUCUUGAUGUAGUUUUAUGCUUGAAGAAUAUAUCUCCCAUUUGAUUGUUAAAAUACAGAUUUUUAUAUUUUAUUGCUGUCUAAAGAGUUUAAACAAAUAUAGUAUUGAUAUGGUAUAAUCUGUGUUUUGUAUAUGUUUUGUUUAGGACAGGGAAAUCCAAAAUAUAUAGAUUGAUGUCCCUUUCACUUUGUGCAACUUAAUGCUGAAUAUGAUAUACUUAGUUUCUCCUGUUCGUUACUGAAAUUAUCUAUGCAUGUCCUUCCAAGGUCAACAGUAUAAAAUUAUGCCCUAUUUUCCAGGAGAUAUGCUGUUGAAUUAUUUUUCUUCUGUGUCUGUUGUGAAAUUUGACACUCAUUUUAGAAAUGAGCAACUUUGAUUUAAUUGCAUCUGGUGUAUACGUAAGUUGACAAAACAGCACAUGUUCGCUGUCCACUGUAGGUGUAAAAGUAAGUGUAUUCUAGGAUAUACACUUUUAUAAUGUAAAUUGGAUAUUGGAAGUAUUGAGCCGUAAUCAAAUAUAUUUAUAGUUUAUGUAUGGAAUAUUGAACCAUGAUCACUUUUAUAAAAAGAACAACCCUUUUUUGUAGUUUUGUUGAUCAAUUAUUUUUAGAUCAUGUGGCCUACAGCCAUUUCUUUCUUGAAGUCAUUUCAUUACUUAGUUUACCUGUAUUAUACUGAUGUUGUUAAAAUAUUUAAUCACAAUAUCUUGUUGAUUUCAUUUGUUGGUAAUUUUUCUGUAGUUUUCAACAGUAAAUUUGUUGUUUUUUUUUGUCUGGUAUUAUUUCUCCUUAAUUUUUUUUAAACAAUAUUUUAACAAAUAAAUUACCGUCAGAAUUCUGGUAUUAAUAAUAUUCCUAUUCUGUUAUUCUUGGACAGAAGAUAACUAAUGAUUUCUAUUUUCUAGAUUGAUACAUCUGGAGUACAAUUUAUUUAUGUGCUUGACACUAUGCAUUUAGAUUUUCCAGUUUGUUCUACAGAAUUCAUUCUAUUGGUGGCUACUUUAACCUUGAUUCUUCAGAUGGACAUGUUUUACGGGAGUAUGCAGCACUAAGACAUACGAUAAAUUUAGGUUCUGGCCAUUUUGCCAUUUUGAAGCAGAUACCUUUGAUGUACAAUUUCCACAUAACCAUUUCUUCUUUGGAGGUGGCUAGAGCCUCUCGAUCCAGAUCUAGGUCAUCAUCAGCUUCUUCAAGGUCAUCGAGCAGAAGUUCAAGAUCAUCAUCUGCUUCUUCAGUGGAUAAGAAGAAAGAUAAGGUUGCACCAGCAGUGCCAUCUAGGUCAUCAGCUAGUCCUAAAAAGGGAGGUUCUCGGUCAAGGUCAAGGUCACACUCUCCGGGGAGAAAGAGGAAAUCUCAUUCAAGGUCUAGAUCCAGAUCUAAAGGAAGGAAAUCCAGAUCCCACCGUUCUCCUGGAAGAAAGGAUCGAAGCUCAUCUAGAAGCAGGAGGCACAGACAUGGUCGUUCAAGAUCACGUGAUCGUCACAGGCGACAUCGCAGACAUGGUUCUAAAGAACGUAGGAGUCGUAGUAGGGACAAAAAUCGUCGCAGAAAAAGGAGGAGGAGCCAUAGUAGAGACAGAAAGAAGAGAAGUGGUCAUCACCGUAGGCGUAGUCAUAGCCGGUCGAGAGGCAAGAGGAGGAGAAGUAAAGGACGUAAAUCUCGCAGUCGGAGUCGCAGCAGGGACCGUCACAAUCGUAGCCGAAGUAGAGACAGACAUCAUCGUAGUCGCAGCAGUAGUAGAGAUAGACACAAACGAAGUCGGAGCAGAGAACGGCCAGCAAGAUCAGUGGAACUUGCCUCCACCAUCAGCAGUAAUAGCAGUGGGUAUGGUCACAAAGAGAAACCAAUGACUUUUAAAGAGCAAAUGAGACAACAACUUCUAAAAGCCAGCAAGAUAUUGAAAAAUGGAGAUGCUAUGGAAGGUGCAGUAGAAAUUUCCAUGGAAAAGCCAGCUAAUAUGGCCAUGAGUCAGUCAAACAUCCUGAAGGCAAUGGCAGCAUCUGUCAACUCGGCUACAGCCUCUGGUGUAACUCCACAGAUGGCUCUGCUACAGACUAUGGCUGCUAUGCACCAAAAGGCUCAAGAAUUGACUGGCGUUACAGUUCCCAAGUAUUACAAUCCUGCUGCAGUGAACCCACUAAAGUAUGCAGAACAAGUCCAGAAAAGGAAACUUCUCUGGUCAAAAAAUAAAGACUCAAAAGAUUCUAAAGAAGAGACAACAGCAACACCAGCAGCAUCAGCAGUGCCAUCAGCAACAGAACUACCAGCUGCAACAUUACACAAGGGCAAUGAAUGGCAGAAGACUUCUUUUGCAGCAGAUCAAGAUGGAAAAAUGGCUGCAAAAUUCCGAAAGUUAAUGGGAAUGAAAGAAGGAGACAGUGAUGAAGGCACAUCAGCGGAGUUAUCGGAGGAACAACAAAGGAAACAGCAAGAACUGUUUUCCAGAUUAGACAAAGAAUAUGAAUUCGCUCGUAUGGCAACUCAUACCCAUCGUGGUGUAGGACUUGGUUUUGCCUCGCAGCUAAAUCCUAAUCCUGGUGGCACCUAAUGAUAAGAAAUAUAUAUGUGUAAGUGAUGGUGAAUGUUUAUUUGACAGCAGAAGUUGCUUGUGAUAAGAUGUGUGUUUGUGAUGAGUAUGCUUUAGAUUUGCCUGCAUUCAUGAAAGUUAUUUAUGUGAACAAGAUAUUAUGAUUGAGAGUGAGAAUGAGCAGGAAUAGUGAUUAUCCACUAGUAAAUCAUAUAGAUUGCUGAGGAGUGCUUCUUUUCAGAUGUGAAGAUGAUUCCAAUAUUCAGAAAAUAAAAAUGCUGAAGACGUCAAUAUCCAUGUAUUGGAUGUUGCAAUACUAUUUGGAGCCAAUUGUGAUGAAUCUGAAGUGGACAACCUCUAUAUUUGGCAAUAUUUCAUAUAUCAACUGAUUGUGAUGUAGUUCAGUAUUUCAGUGUUAUAACCUAAGUUGAACCUAAAAAAAAUCUGAAAACUAUACAGUCUAUGGUUUAUGUUCAUUGUAUUCAUUGUCAAAAUACGAUCUGUAACAUAAUUGAACUGACCUAGAUAGAUCCUAUCAUUUAUGUCCACUUCUGGUGGAUUUGAUUCUUUUUAGGCCCAUGGAUGGGCCUCUUGUUUGCUUUCCAAGCCGUGUGCUUUUAUUACUUUAAUAUAACUUUCAAAGAUGUUGUCUUUGUUUAAUGAAUUGAUAUGUUUGAAGAUCUGAAGCACAAUUACAUUUAAAAAAUUAGGUUAACUUCGAAACAGUUCAGCUUUUGUUUUGUAUUGGUUGGAGAUGGUGCAUCUGCCAAUUACAUUUGUCUUUUUUUUUCACUACAGACAGAAUUGUUAAGGAUUAAGAAAAAAUAUAAUGCCUUAUUUUAUAGAUCUCCCUUUGAACUGUAAAUUAUUUCAGAAUAUGUUUAGUAUUCAUCAAAUAACAAAAUCUGUUUGAAUAUUUGCUUCCUGUUUAUUUUAUUUUAUUUUUUUUUAAUAUUUGUAAUUGUCUGAAAUGGACACAGUAACGAUUUGAAAAAUGACAGUGAUAAGAUUUCACAAAAUAUUUGUACUUUCUAAACUCGAUGAACUCUUUGACAGAGUGAAAGUAAAUACAUAAAUGAAAUAUUACUAUCAGUUGCUGAUAUAAUAUGAUAUUGUCUUAUACAAGUGUAUAUUUCAAGUGAUGAGAUGUGGGUGUAUCGGUUGGCCAAUGGCUUAUUGUCUUAUACAAGUGUAUAUUUCAAGUGAUGAGAUGUGGGUGUAUCGGUUGGCCAAUGGCUUACACUUGUACAUUUUGUUGAUCUUAACAGUUCAAAUAUGACUCUCGGGGUAAGAGAACUUGAGCACAAAAAUUCAAUAAAAAAACAACUCUAGAAAUAUAUGAAACCUUAUGCUAUUGUUUACAUAGACAUUGGGAUAACAUAUGAACAGCUACAAAUACUGGGUGUCAAAGUCAUAGGAUAAUUGGUCUAGGAAUGAUAAGUUAUGAGAAUAGGAAUAGAAACAGCAACAAAAUUAAAUCAGUUGUGUACAUUUAGGCUUUUCUGCAGUGAUGUUAGAUAGAAUGCUUUAAUUUUCAGAGUUAAUCCAAAAUCAUAGGGCAUAUAGCUGGUUGGAGUUGCAAAGUAAGCAUGAUCUUUAUCUAGAUGAUUUAGCAAUGGGAAUAUUUGGACUGUCAGGUGGUUCACUCAUUUAUCAACAGUUUCUGUCCCUUCCUUGAAAAAUGUUUAACUUCUAGUACAGACAUGAAUCUGGUACAAGUUGAGCAUUACAGCAUCAUGAUUGGGAUGCCAGUCUGAGUUGUGUUAGCCUGGUAAACCAAUGGACCACCAUGAGUAAGACUGUAUUGCUGGUAAAUCUUAUAUUAGGUGAUUGUUAGCGUCUUUGGUUGAAUGUUUGUAAAGGAAUGGACAGAUCUUGUUUGGAUGAUCUGAAUACACAGUUGAUGAAAAUCUUCCAACAUGGUCUUUUGAUACGAAAGAAUUUGUAUUACAGUAAUAAAUUGAAAAAAAAUGACCAAAUAUUUUUGUGUGAUUUGAUGAUUUUCCAUUUUCAUGAAUGUUUAUCAGAUGUAGUUUUUACACCUUUGAAAAAAACUCCAGAUACAUUGCUAGUUUUCCUUUUAAAGAAAGAUAUGCUAUUUACUUAGUCAAUCUAUGAAAGUGAACAUUCUUAUGAAAGAAAUUGCUUUUUUUUUUUUUUUAGUUUUUUAACCAUCUGUUUUGUAUGUUAACAAUCAAUUCUGAUCAACUAUAUAGUUUUCUUUCAAUACUAUCAUGAACUAAUAAUGAUUCUCCCAGGUCUUUCAAAUAAAUGCGUUUAUUGUCAUAUUUUUCAAUAUUUUGUGUAAUGAUAACAUUCUUGAUUUUUCAACUAAUUCUUUGAAUAAACCUCAGUGAUAAGUUAAUGAUACUUCUCCACUAUUGGAGACUAACUUGUAUAACCUGUGUCCUUCACUGGACGUAUUGGAAGAUAUGCAAUCAAAAAUAAAAUCUCCAAAGUGAU